AUGCUGGAUCCGCGUCGAAGGCGGUUCGUCAUCAUCGCUGUAGUCACUCUCAUUUGUUUCUUUUUCUACACAUACUCUGGACAUCCCUCAACGACGAUAUCCUCAGCAGUGCAGGCAGGACUCGACUACUUCCUCCAUGUACCAGAUCUCCCUGCAGCGAAUGCGACUCUAGGGUUUGGAGCCAUCGUCGCGGUAUCGCAACUCACAUCAAAACGUCGCAACAGCCUGCUGCUGGCAGCAAACAUCACCGACAUCGACAUCACCAUCCCCGAUCAGCCAAUCUGGACCGACGAAGAUGUCAACAACUUCCGCACAAAGAACGGCUCCUUGAUCACUCGCGGCUCAGCAAUGGCAUGGAUGGGCCACCUGAACGUCCUCCGCUGGUUCCUCGACUCAGGGCUAGAAACAAUGCUAGUCAUGGAAGACGACGUAGACUGGGACAUCCACCUCCGCACCUCCCAAGUCCCCAAAGUAGCAGCAGCCAUGCGCACUCUCCUCACCGAACAAAACGGACAAACCCAAAGAGAAACACGACAAAAGAUUGUCACACCAGAGCAGGCUGGGGGAUACUGGGGCAACUCCGAAGAAUGGGAUAUCCUCUACCUCGGCCACUGCGGCGACAUGUUCAGCUCCCACUCCUGGGCAAACGAAACAGAAGUGCCCCGCGUAGCCGUCAGCGAUACGACCCUCCCAUCUCCAGAAUACAUGCACAUCCUCACCCGCCGCUUCCUCCGCGAGAUCGGUAUCCCGGUAAAGACCAGAGUGGUACACAAAAGCGUAUCUCCCCUGUGUACCUUCGGUUUCGCCCUCUCUCGCCCAGGUGCCCGCCGCCUUCUAACCGAUGUAGCGGGCUCAGAGCCCGAAGGCGGCAGUCAAGCCUACGACGUCCGCAUCCUAGAAGCCUGCCGCGACCUGAAUUUCCGCUGCUGGUCCGCAAACCCAGAACUCUUCCACCACCAAGACGCCCCCAGCGAAAUCGCCAUCGUAAACGCCAAAAAAGGAAAAGACCACAGUGCCAAAGAGCACGAUUUCAAAGCCUCUCCUCCGGGUAUUGGAGUAGAUACUGAAGGUAGAUUGCAAGGUGCUGCGCCGAAUAUCGCUUGUGGGAUCAGGGGCAGCAGUUUUUGGACCCAGGAUCCGGAUACCAUUGAGUAUUUGAAGGAGGUUGUGGGGAGGCAGGGGCAUUGUUUGAGGGAUCAGGUUGCGGAGGAUAUGAGUGUGUGGCCGCAUCUUUGA